UAACUCCAGGCCUCUCUGUGUUUUGUCUUGAUAUCUGAAUUGUUGACACUAGUAUGACACUUGACUUUGAUUGAUUGAUGUCUAUGUGGAGUUAGGGUGAGGCUAUAGUAAUUCUUGGUGUACGUGUUGGGCAAAAUGGGUGAAAACUACACCCAGUCUCUUCUACUUCCAGAAAAGUGUUCACCGCUCCUCCACUCCGUUGUGAGCUGGCUUUGAGGACCUCUACUCAAACUUCUACCCAUCUCAGCAUUUUCUAAAGGCAAUACAGACACUGAGGAUGGCGGUAAAUUGGCCAGAACUGCUGUCCAUCGGAGUGUUUUACAUGAUCGUACUGGGUACAGGUAUCUGGGCAUCCAGGAAGUCCAAACGUGAAGAGAAGAAGUGCACUGGGAACCGCAGUGAAGUUACAAUGGUUGGAGGGCGGAACCUAAACAUCUGGGUCGGCAUCUUUACUAUGACAGCCACUUGGGUGGGAGGAGGCUAUAUUUUGGGGAUUGCUGAAGUGGUCUACGAUCCAACAAAGGGGUUGGUGUGGGCCAUUGGAACCAUUGGCAUGGCCAUGAGCCUGAUUAUAGGUGCACUCUUCUUUGUCACAACUGUUCGGGCGAAGAAAUAUGUCACCUUCAUGGACCCAUUUCAGGAGAAAUAUGGCAACGCUGUAGCUGCUGUUCUUUUUAUUCCCUCUCUCAUAAGCGAUAUCGUGUGGAUAGCAUGUAUUCUUGGUUCACUGGGAGGGACGGUAAGCGUGGUCAUGGACAUCUCCUCCUCGCUGGCUGUGGUCAUCUCUGCUUCUGUGGCAGUCCUUUACACGUUAAUGGGAGGACUGUACUCUGUGGCCUACACUGAUGUCAUCCAGCUUAGCUUCAUGCUCAUUGGCUUGUGGCUCUGUGUGCCUUUUAUACUGACAAGCCCCUCUUCUGCCAACAUCACUGUUGCUGCAGUAACCAAUCUGCAUCAGGAGCCAUGGAUCGGCAAGCUGGAGCUGGAAGAUGCAGAACGCUGGGUAGAUGACGUAUUGCUAGUGGCCAUUGGAGGGAUCUGUUACCAGGCUUUCUACCAGAGAGUCCUAGCUGCAGCCACUGAUACCCAAGCUAAGAUCACCUGCUAUGUUGGAGCAGUAUUAAUCCCAAUACUUGGCCUCCCGUCACUCAUCAUUGGGGCAGUGGCUGCCUCUACCGAUUGGAACCAGACCACCUACGGUUCUCCCAGCCCGUAUGAACGGGGCGAAGCUGGUGUGAUCUUGCCAAUUGCCCUUCAGCAUCUUUGCCCUUUCUUCGUCUCACUGAUUGGUGUGGGAGCACUUGCUGCUGCUGUGAUGUCAUCAGUUGACUCUGCACUUCUGUCUGCCGCCUCCCUACUGGGCCGAAAUAUCUUCAAAAACAUCAUCUACAAAAGGGCAUCAGAAAAAAUGAUUCUUGCAGUGGUGAAAGUGUCAGUCCUCCUGUGUGGAAUAAUGGGAGCAGCUCUGGCCAUGUCAAAGACGUCCAUUUACGUGUUGUGGAUCAUCAGUGCAGAUGUCAUGUAUUCAAUGAUGACUCCCCAGGUGAUAUGCACCUUCUACUUGUCUCGGUGGGUGAACCACUACGGAGCCUGCUCUGGCUUUGUGUUGGCACUAAUGCUGAGAACUCUGGUUGGAGAACCCAUGAUAGGCCUUCCUGACAUCCUGCCCCUGCCGUGGGACAAGAUACAGGAGGAUGGUCACCGAUACCGCUUGUUCCCUUUUCGCACUGCAAUCAUGCUCAUCACCACCGGGACUAUUCUACUAGUGUCACACCUUGCUGUGUGGCUGUCUGAGAAGGGGCUGCUGAAAAGAAUAAGUGACGCUGAAACGGACACAAACAUACGUUACAUGGCACCAGGCCGAACAGAUGUGGAGGAAAAGGAGACUGAAUGAAGAACAGCAUGAACACUUUCAUACAGCAUGUGGGUGCUCUGUCUGAGAGUGAGUUGUGUUUAACCCUCAUACUACUGACUGGGAUCCCCGCAGACCCCUGACGUAUACUUUAAGUCAUUUCUCAGAGGUGCUUUAUUCUAUCAUUCCAAUUUUUCAUGACUUUGUCAAUCAAUUUGUUCCGAAUGACUUCAUAUCAUUUCUGUAAUUUUCUGUUUCUGCUUUAAUUAGAGCUUUUCAAAAAGAGAAAUGUAUUGGGUUCCUAAGGGACGCCAGUCUAAAGCACCCAAUUGCAGCCUAUGCAGUUAAAAUGUUUGCCAUGCGUCCUAAUUUAAAGUAUCACACACUAUCAGGGGGUGGGGACACUCUGUCAGUCAUUUUGAAGGAGACGGACACAGAUGCAGCAGACACAGAUUUCCUCAUGUGCUCUGUCUAUUUUAAUUUUACACAAUAUGCAAAUUAACGGUAACUUUCCUAAAAUAAUAAUAGUCAAUCUACAGAAAAUUAUUUGUUAUAAUCAUUUGAUAAUAGAUUAAUCAUUUAAUUAACUUUUUAAUGCAAAAAUGCAAAAAAAUUAAAUUCAACUCAAAUGUGAAUAUUUGCCCGUUUUCUCAGGCUUAUAUGAUAGUAAACUAAAUAUCUUUUGGUUUUGAACUGUUGGUCAAAGAAAAAAGCUACUUUAAUUUGGGCUUUAUGAAAUUGUGAUGGACAUUUUUCAAGGUCUUCUGUCAUUUUAUAGACCAAACAAUCAAUUAAUUGACUGGGUUCACAGUUACAGUUGACAUUACUGAACAUCUGCUACUGUCAAACUUGUUCAUCACCGACUUCUUUGAAUUUUAUUAUACAAUUGUGAGCAAAUUAUAUAUCCUUUAAUGUUUUGAUCACUUUACGUGAAACCCUUUGGUCCACAUUACACUCUUUUUUUGUGUUGAUUCUUUUUAGGCCAAGACAUCUGGCAUGCUUAUCAAAAACAUAUCUGAUAGAUUAGCUUCAAAACCAGGUGUUUAUGUGUGUACUAUGCAUCUGAUAUGUAUUACAGCUUAAUAAAAGCGUCUUAAAAA